AUGAGGUUUGUUGAACAGCAGCGGGAUCUAUGGCGUGUGCUCCGAAGUCCGUCGCGGCACUCAGCAGGUGAGCGCAAGCGCGCGUAUUUCUUUCUCUUCGCCUACUGUCUCACCAUUGCGGCACUCUUUGCGAGUUUUAUGCACUUUGUGGGGGCGUGGGUUUCCGCUGGCCUGCUGCAACUCGUAAUGAUCAUUUUCGCCAUGAUGUACGCCCUCAACAUUGCGGACUGCCGGGACAAGUGCCUCAAUGUGCUGGAGUGCGAGCGGAUCGUUAACCCCGUGUUGGAGGUUUACAUCGCGCUCCGCGUGCUGCAGCUGAUCCAGGCCAUAUUUUUCCUUCACAGCAUCGUGAUGUCUGUCGCCUUCGUCCUGGCGCUGCUGUUUCUCUUUUGGCGUAUGUCGACAGGUGUCUUCUUCGUCGACGCGACGAGCCUCUGGCGCGAGGUGGGGCGGCUUGAGCAGGGGUCGUACCUCGUCAUGGGCAGUGACAUCGUGCUCUUCAUGACGUACCUUGUCAGCAUGGUGGUCUCCAUCGUCCUCCGCUACGCGGAUUAG